AGGUGUCUACAAUAUUUUGAAGAAGAAGACUGAUAUUCUUAGGUUAUGUCAAGAAUGUACUAGGAAAUACGAAAAUGGCAUCAAAAAACGUUCGAAGUCUAUUAAGCAGUUCAAAACUACUUCAGCCAAUAUUAAUUGGUGUGAGAAGUAAUAGUUUUCACACAAGUACACCUGCUUUAGCCUGGAAAAGUGAUCAUUCCCCUAAGAAAUGGUUAACGUACAAUGACAAAGUUUACCCACCACAGAAGCCAGGGGAAGAACCCAGACCAGCAUUUGUAUGUCAUCAACGAUCAAAUAUUAAAUACAGUCCAUGGAAGAUGUGGUAUAUAGCCAGUAUGAUUAGAGGGAUGCCAGUGGACGAAGCUAUUAAACAGUUAAAAUUUGUGGUUCUUAAGGGUGCUAAAGAUGCAAGGGAGGUUUUGGAGGAAGCUAAACAUUUGGCUGUUACAGAUCACAAUGUUGAAUUCCCUAGUAAUAUGUGGGUUGCUGAAUCAUUUGUGGGUAAAGGUCAAGUAAUUAAAGGUAUGAGGAGACAUGGACGUUCAAGGUUUGGAAUAGUGGAAUACUUUCACUGUCACUAUUUUGUAAGAUUAGAAGAAGGUAAACCUCCAAAAGAUUAUUAUGUUAGAAAUCCUAAAGAAGCUCAUGAACAGUUGGAAGAUUGGCUUGCAAGUAUGAGGAAAAGAAAGAUUAUUAAUUCUUUAUAAGUAAAAUAUUUAUAUAUGUAUAGUUAAAAAUAGUUUUUUAUUAAAUAGAAAUAUUUAAG